GGAAGAUUUUCCGUCCGUCCGGCUCUGCGGACUCAAGGAGAGAAAGGAAAAUACGUUCCUCAGUGUAACUACACUAAGGACCCAAGAUUCAUAAAUAUAUGUACACAGGUCCACAUCUGCCUCCCCAUGCAGAACUCCAUGAAAUGAAUAAAGCACCACAGCCUAUAACAGGACCCCCCUCCAAUCCCCACCCUGCCCCCUCCCCUGGCCUUUCACAGCCCUCCUUCCCUGGGCAGCCCCCUUCUGUUGUGUUUGCCACCCCACCGCCUCCACAAAUGAACCCAACACCACAGACCCGACAGUUUGCCCCUGGGCCCCGACCUUUACACCAACAGGGAAGCUUCAGGUCGCUACAGCCCUACUACACCAACAGGACCGGCCUGCCUCCAACCAGCGGGCCCCGGGGUGUCCCUCCCAGCAGCGGCCCUCGGCCUGUGACACCCACCCAUGUCUACCAGGCAGGCCCUGGCUCCCGGAUGAUGAUGAUCCCUGGGCAGCAGCUGCCGUUCCCCAGCUCACCACAGGGACCUGCCUACUUCAUACCUGGACAGUACCAGUCUGCAACAUAUGUGGCUACGCCCCAGCAGUAUCCAGUCCCUGCAGGAACCCCAGGCUUCUACCCCGGGACCAGCCCCGCUGAAUAUGGUACUUACGCAGGGGCCUACUACCCCGCACAGCCUCAGUUCACCCCCUCGGUGCAGGCGGCGCCGGUUAUUAUGAACCCCGCCCCUCAACAGCAGCAACCACCACCUCCGCCUCCGCAGCACAUCCCCACCAAACGGGAACGCAAACAGAUCAGAAUACGAGAUCCUAACCAGGGAGGUCGAGACAUUACAGAGGAGAUUAUGUCAGGGGGCCGAAGUGGCUCCACACCAACCCCACCACAGACGGCGAUAUCUGGAUCAGAAAGUCCUGCAGCAAGCCAGGCCAACGGUGAGAGCGCCCCAGCUGCUGCCACACCAGCACUGGUUAGACCAGAUGACAGAAGCAAACCUUCGCCACCUCCUCUGUCAAAGACCCCGGAGCUUGCUAAGGGUGACCCCAUCCCCACAGAGGCUACCCACUCUGUCACGAACACUAAACCCGCCUUGCCCCCUCUCCCAUCAGAAGCAGAGGACGCCCCUCUUGAAACGAUUUCCACACUUGCACCCAGCGCUCCUGUUGCAGAUGUGAUGGAUGCUCCCCCACCUCUUAGGGAACCAACCCCGACGCCUCAAUCAGCUCCUGAGGUGCCCGCAUACCCCGCACCGCUCCCUGACCCUGUCCCCUCCUCUGCUGCACAAGACAAAACAGACACAGAGGCAAAAGAGGAAGAGGAAGAUGAAGUAGAAGAAGCACCCCCCACCUCCACCAACGGUGUCCCAGAGGUGGAGACAGAAAAGCUACCGGUCAUGUUGCCAACCAGUCACAUGGAAGCUCCUCUAGAAUCUCCUAUCGCUCAGCCAGAGGAGCUUUGCCUCCUCAACGGUUUGCCGCUGCCGGCCCCUCAAGACCCCGAGGUGCCCGCCUUCUGCACAGCAGAGCGUGACGACAGCCCAAUCGCUGAGCCGGACAUCAGCCAGCAGCCCAUCAGAGAGUCUGCUGCAGACAUCGUUCAGGCGGAGCCUACCCCAGCUGUCCAGACCACACCUACCCCAACUACUCAGACCACACCUACCCCAACUACUCAGACCACACCUACCCCAACUACUCAGACCACACCUACCCCAACUACUCAGACCACACCUACCCCAACUACUCAGACCACACCUACCCCAACUACUCAGACCACACCUACCCCAACUACUCAGACCACACCUACCCCAUCUACCCAAACCACACCUACCCCUGUUGAAGAGCCUGCACCUGCACCCACCGUCGUGGAGAUUGCUGCUGAUCCCAUUGUCCUGACAGCACCCACCCAGCCCGAGACCCAAGAAGUAGUUCCUCCAGUUGCACUGGAUGUCAAAGACGACAACACCCCUCUGUCUGAGUCCCCCGUCACGGAAGAGAAGCCAGCUCCUGCAGAAACGGUUUCCAGCGUAGCUGACAGCACCCCAGAAACAGCGCCCACUCCUCCCCCUCCCACUGCAGAGGAGAGAGAGGACACCCCUCCCCCCCAGACGGUCACGCCUGCCCUCGUAGAAACUACUAUGCAAGCUGCUGUGUCUGUGCCAAAGAAGAAGAGGAAGAUGAAGGACCUGAACAAAAAAGAGGCCGUUGGAGACCUCCUAGAUGCCUUUAAAGAGGAGCAGGUAGUGGCCCCAGCGGAGCCUGAGCCUGCCCCAGCAACAGAGACCAAGCCCCCUACCGCUUCCCCUCCUACCCCAGAGGAGGCAGACUUGACCUGGGAAGACAAGGAGGACAAGGAGGACAAGCUGGAUGCUGAGAACAUCCAGCCAGAUGGCAAAAAGUACCAGUACAAAGGAGAACAAUGGAAGCCAAUCGACCCCGAGGAGAAGAAACAUUACGACAGAGAGUUUCUUCUGGGCUUCCAGUUCAUCUCCGCCAGCAUGAACAAGCCCGAGGGUCUGCCAGCCAUCAGUGACGUCGUCCUGGACAAGGCCAAUAAAAACCCACUUCGCCAACUUGACCCCAGUCGUCUUCAGGGAAUGAACUGUGGUCCUGACUUCACACCUUCCUUUGCAAACCUUGGCCGGCCUGGCAUGGGAGGAGGAGGAGGAGGGGGAGGGGGAGGAGGAGGAAGCAGAGGACCGCCUCCAGGAAUGGGCAUGGGAGCCGGCGGCCCGCGUCGCUCUCAGCAGAUGCAGAGGAAAGAGCCGAGGAAAAUCAUCACCACCAUGUCCCUCGGUGACGACAUUCAGCUGAACAAGGCAGAGAAGGCCUGGAAACCUUCGGCCAAGAAAUCCACUCGCGGCCGUGCAGCCGAGGAGGUUGAGGAGAACGAUCCCCAAAACAGCAAGACCCAGGAGCUGUUCAAACAGGUCCGCAGCAUCCUCAACAAGCUGACCCCACAAAAGUUUCAACAGCUCAUGAAACAGGUGUCGGAACUGACUAUUGACACUGAGGAAAGACUGAAAGGAGUCAUAGAUCUGACCUUCGAAAAGGCCAUCUCUGAGCCGGACUUCUCCGUCGCCUACGCCAACAUGUGCCGCUGCCUUAUGGGGCUCAAAGUCGAAGCCACAGAUAAGCCGGGAGCCACUGUGAAUUUCCGCAAGCUGCUGCUAAAUCGAUGCCAGAAGGAGUUUGAGAAGGACAAAGACGACGACGAGAUCUUUGAGAAGAAGCAGAAAGAGCUGGAGGCGGCCUCAGGGGACGACGUGAAGCAACUCACUGAGGAGCUGCAGGAGGCUAAAGACAAGGCCAGGAGGCGCUCACUGGGGAACAUCAAGUUCAUUGGCGAGCUGUUUAAGCUGAAGAUGCUCACAGAGGUCAUCAUGCACGAUUGCAUUGUAAAGCUGCUGAAAAACCACGACGAGGAGUCGCUGGAGUGCCUGUGUAGAUUGUUCUCCACCAUCGGAAAGGACCUAGACUUUGAAAAGGCCAAGCCUCGUAUGGAUCAGUACUUCAACCAGAUGGAGAAAAUAACAAAGGAGAGGAAGAACAGCUCCAGGAUUCGCUUCAUGCUGCAGGAUGUGCUCGAUCUUCGACGGAACAACUGGGUGCCCCGGAGAGGCGACCAAGGCCCCAAGACCAUCGACCAGAUCCACAAAGACGCCGAGCUGGAGGAGCACAGGGAGCAGAUGAAGGUGCAGCAAGCCCUCGUCUCCAAGAAGGAGUCGGGCGGCGGCGGCGGAGGAGGCAGGAUGGGUGGAGGAGGCCAGGGCGGUCGUGGGGGCCAUCACACCCCAGGCCGCGGUGCUCCUCCCCAGGAUGAGGGCUGGAACACAGUGCCCAUCUCCAAGAACCGACCUAUUGACACAUCUCGCCUUAGCAAAAUCACAAAGACUCCUGUUCUUGACUUUAACAAUCAGCUUCUUGCCCCCGGCGGUAAAGGCACAUGGGGCAGCUGGGGAAAGGGCAGCAGCGGCGGUUCAAGCACCAAACCUGCAGAACCUGGCUCAGAGACGGGCGGGCGUCCAGGCGCCAGCACUCUCAACAGGUUCUCCGCCUUGCAGCAGUCUUCGUCCUCCAUUUCAGCGGAUUCAGACAGACGAGUUCCUCAGAGGAACAGCUCAAGUCGGGAGCGCGGCGAGAACUUCGACCGCUCUAAUCGCGGCGGUGACAGAUUUGACAGACGGGACGACCGAGAUCGCAACCGCCUGCAGGUCACCAAGCGCAGUUUUAGCCGGGAGAAUGAAGGACAGAGCCGGGAGAGGGAGCAGCGCGGGUCGGCUGAUCCUGUCCGCAGGGUAGCGAGCAUGACUGACGACAGAGACCGAGGCAGCAGAGACCGAGGCAGCAGAGACAGGGGCAGCAGAGACAGGGGCAGCAGAGACAGGGGCAGCAGAGACCGAGGCAGCAAAGAGCGAGCCAGCAGCAAAGACGUGAAGCGGGAGAAAACUGCCACCCCCCCACCUCCCCAGACCCCCACCAAGCCUGCCUUGACUGAAGAAGAGCUGAACAAAAAGUCGAUCGCCAUCAUCGAGGAGUACCUACACAUCAACGACAUGAAGGAGGCCCUGCAGUGUGUGCAGGAGAUGAACAGCACUCAGCUGCUCUUUGUGUUCGUACGAAACGGGCUGGAGUCCACGCUGGAGCGCAGCACCAUCGCCAGAGAGCACACGGGUCUGCUCCUGCACCAGCUUAUCAAGGCCGGCACGCUCCCAAAGCAGCAGUACUACAAAGGGCUUCAGGAAAUCCUGGAGGUGGCCGAAGACAUGGCCAUAGACGUCCCUCACAUCUGGCUGUACCUGGCAGAGCUGAUCACGCCCAUGCUCCACGAGGGAGGCAUCCCCAUGGGAGAACUUUUCAGGGAGAUUUCAAAGCCUUUGAUCCCCCUGGGCCAGGCCGGGGUCCUGCUGGUCCACAUCCUCACUUUACUCUGCAAAGGGAUGAGCCAUAAAAAAGCGGGCGCCAUGUGGCGGGAAGCUGGCCUCCGGUGGAAAGACUUCCUCCCAGAAGACGUCGACGUCAACAAGUUCGUAACAGAAAAGGAUGUGGAGUUCACUCUGGGCGAUGAGUCGGAGGAAAGCAACAAGAAGGAGCUGAGCUCCGGAGAGCUGACCAAACAGCUGGAGCGCCUGAUGCAAGACCAGGCCGACACCCAGAGGAUCUUUGACUGGAUCGAGGCCAACCUGGAUGAGCAGCAGAGCUCGUCCAACAUGUUCGUCAGAGCUUUGAUGACCUGCGUCUGCCAGUCAGCCGUUACUUGUGAGAACCCGUUCAAGGUGGAUGCUGAGCAGAUCAAACAGAGGGCCAAGCUGCUGCAGAAAUACCUGAAGGACGAGCAGAAGGAGCUGCAGGCUCUGUACGCCCUGCAGGCCCUGAUGGUGGAGAUGGAGCAGCCCGCCAAUCUGCUGCGGAUGUUCUUCGACACCCUUUACGACGAGGACGUGAUCAAAGAGGAGGCCUUCUACAAAUGGGAGUCCAGCAAAGACCCCGCAGAGCAGCAGGGCAAGGGCGUGGCCCUCAAGUCCGUCACUGCCUUCUUCACUUGGCUCCGUGAGGCCGAGGACGAGGACGAGUCCGACAACAGCUAGGGCCUGCUGGUCGGAGCCGGGGGGGGGGGGGGGAGUUCGGGGGAGGAUCCUCGGGACAAGUGUGAAUGUUUCGUGGAGGACUCAGACGACCUUCUGCAUAAACAGAAAAAAAAACGAGAGAAAAAAUCUUCACCUGGGAGAGAUUGUAUUAUGGAUCGUACAUUCGAUCAUGUUAUUGUUUUUGGUUUUCAUUGUUUUUGAUUUUUUUUUCUUGAGCAAAGCGAAUGUCUUUUUUUUUAAAUCGAUGAAAUGGCGAGGUGAGAUGUCGGAGGUGGCAUUGUGUCCUUCAGUAUUUUUUUGAGGUUUAUUCCCUUCUCCUGUUUUUUUUCCAAACGGCUGUUCAUCGCCACGGCAACACUAUUCGAGACACUUUGCUUAACGACAGAUUUAAAAACAAAAAAAAAAACAAAAAAAAAAGCUGUUCAUAUCUAUAUUUUUGAUGACUUCAUCGUGUGACGACACAGUGAGCACUGUCACGUCACAAGUUUGGAUCUCCAUGACGUCGCUCAUGUAGAGACGGUUCGCUUUGGUUCCUUCCCCGUGUUGGAUGAUUGGAGUGAGUGUUUUAUAAAAAAAAAGAAAAGAAAACUACAAAGAAAAGUGGCGAGUGCUGUCUAACGGACAUUUCACACGGGAGCUGAAGCUGUUGGACUCUCGAGGACUAAACGCUUCCUUAAAGAGGACGGCGUCACUUUCUGGGGGGGAGGGGCUACUGACAUUGACCAUUUUGCUGCUUGGGGAUGGCGAUGCUUCUCUGACGCCCCCCAACGACACCCCCCCCCCCUCCUGUGUCUGUUUCACGUGUUUCCUGCGCUUCAGAAAACAAACGGUGGACGCGAGCACGAGCGAGGGCUCACGGCUGCACCCUCCCACCAAGCCGGUCGUCAGAUUUUUAAAGAAUUAAAUAUCGCUAUAGAAACAUGAAAAAUAUAAAGUAAAAAAAAAAAUCCACUUUUACGAAAAAGGACUUCAGAGUUCAACAGUUCGCCUCCUGGCACCAUCUCUGCUUCCCCGAGUGGAGAUGCCCUUCAGGAGCGUUCUGUAAAUAUAUACGACGGAUCUUUUCUUUUCUGUACUCGAAGAAGAAGAAACGCUCUUCUCCCUGUAUUUAUAUUUUUCUCUCCGCAGCUGGCAGAAGGUGCUUGUAAUUAUCCAACCCGAGUCAUUGAUUACAGUUUAAUUGAAAAUGUGUAAAUACUUUUUUGCUUUACUUUAUUAAAAAAAAGAUAUUUAAUUAAAGAAAAUGAAUGCCUCUUUUCACAUCCAGAACUGGAAGAGCUAAUAAAGAUCGUUGCCAAUAAAAGAGAAA